AUGCCGAUGCUCAAGGAUCCCUCAACGAAGUACAAGCCGUACAAGCCGCUGAACCUGCCUAACCGUCAAUGGCCUAACAAGAUUAUCGAUAAGCCUCCGCGUUGGAUGGCCACUGAUCUGCGCGAUGGCAACCAGUCCCUGCCCGAUCCAAUGGAUGGUGAGGCAAAGUAUAAGUUCUUCAAGAUGCUCGUGGACAUCGGAUAUAAGGAAAUCGAAGUAUCCUUCCCAUCUGCAUCCCAAACGGAUUUCGACUUCACCCGCCGCCUGGUCGAAGAACCUGGUCUCACUCCCGACGAUGUUGCCCUGCAGGUCCUGGCUCCUUGUCGUGAGGACCUCAUUCGCCGAACAGUUGACUCCCUGAAGGGCGCCAAGAAGGCCAUCCUCCACAUCUACCUCGCAACCAGCCCUUGUUUCCGUCGCAUCGUCUUCAACAUGGAUCGCCAAAAGAGUCUCGAAUUGGCCGUCAAGUGCACCAAGUACGCUCGCUCUAUCACCAAGGAUGACCCCUCCCAGGCUGGUACCGACUGGCAAUUUGAGUUCUCCCCCGAGACAUUCUCCGAUACCGAGCCCGAAUUCGCCGUCGAGGUCUGCCAGGCUGUUAAGGAGGCUUGGGAGCCUACUGCUGAGAGACCCAUUAUCUUCAACUUGCCCGCCACAGUAGAGAUGUCUACCCCCAACGUCUUCGCUGAUCAGGUUGAGUACUUCUGCACAAACAUGACCGAGCGCGAGAAGUUCGUCGUAUCAGUCCACCCCCACAACGACCGUGGCUGCGCCGUCGCCGCCGCCGAGCUGGCUCAGAUGGCUGGUGCCGAUCGUGUAGAGGGUACCCUGUUCGGUAACGGCGAGCGCACCGGAAACGUCGAUCUAGUCACCCUGGCUCUGAACCUAUACACACAAGGUGUCUCACCCAAGGUCGACUUCUCAGAUAUCAACUCCAUCAUCAAGGUAGUAGAGGAGAGCAACAAGAUCCCCGUGAACGAGCGCUGGCCCUACGGCGGACAGCUCGUUGUCUGUGCGUUCUCAGGUAGCCACCAGGACGCAAUCAAGAAGGGCUUCAAGCUCCGCGAGGACGCCGUCGCCGCCGGACAAGACCCCGAAUGGGAAGUUCCCUACCUGCCCCUCGACCCGCAAGAUAUUGGCCGUACCUACGAGGCCGUCAUCCGUGUCAACUCCCAGAGUGGAAAGGGUGGUGCCGCCUGGAUCAUCCUGCGCAGCUUGGAGCUGGAUCUCCCCCGUGCUCUGCAGGUCGAAUUCAGCAAGCUUGUUCAAGUGAAGACCGAGGCUGUUAACCGUGAACUGAAGCCUACUGAGAUCGUCACUCUCUUCGAAGAAGCUUACCACCUCAAGUCAAACCCUCGCUUCAACUUGGUCGAUUACAGCAUUACUACCGACCGCUCGCAGUCCCCUGCUCCCCCCGAGCCUGGCAAGGCCCUCAACACCAAGAACCUCAAGCGUCGCUUCACUGGUAUUAUUGAAAUCGAUAAUGUUCAGCAUGCUAUCACUGGUGUUGGCCCGGGUGCUAUCUCCUCUCUGGCCACUGCUCUGUCUAGUCUCGGCAUCGACCUCGAUGUCCGCGACUACAAGGAGCACUCCAUAGGUCUCGGCCGUGACGUCAAGGCCGUCACAUACAUCCAGUGCACAGCAGCCGGCAGUGAACAGCAAGUGUGGGGUGUCGGUAUUCACCAGGAUGUGGUCCAGGCCUCUCUGAUUGCGCUUCUCAGCGCCGCCAGCUCGUUCCUCGCUUCCCAAUCUGGCUCUCCUGCUCCUUUCCGCCCUAUUCGCUCCAACACCCUCACCAAUGAGGACCUGCAGGCCCUCGAGCACCUGACUGGUGCUGAGCCUGUCCCUUCCAAUGGUGGCCUGGCCCCUCAAGUCAAUAUCGAGCAGCUGACGAAACAAGCCGAAAGCCAGUAA